UGGUUGUGUACAGAACAGUAAAUACAUAUUAUCUUCUGAUAAAACUUAAUAAAAUAUGAUGUGGGCUCUCUUUAGAAGGUGUAUGAUAAUUAUAGUGUAGUGAUACAAGGAAAAACUGAUUACAUGUACCGUAAACACAAUAUAUCUUUAUUUAGUUGAAACAUUUCAGACUGUUAGAUUAACAGGGACAAAUUUAAACUCCGACGUAAUAAUAUUUUAUAAACGGACAUUGUUAUUGUUGUUGCUGUUGAUUAUAUGCGGACAUUUUAAUAUCAAAUUUUGUUGCAAAAAUGAAAUGUGUUCUCUCUAUACUCGUUGUAAUUGGUAACUUGAAUGUGUUGCUUGCAAACAAUGAUAAUUGUAGAGAAAACGAUCUGAAUGCUUUAAUGGUACGUCUGCGUCAACUUCGAAAAGAAUUUGCCGACUUGAAAAUCCAGCACGAUGAACUUAGACCAGAAAUAGCGACAAUUAAAGACAAGUCCCUGAUACCAAUUGUUGGAUUCAAUGCCCGUCUAUCUUCUAUAGGAACAGUAACUGCACGGGGCAGGGUUGUCUUCGAUACCGUCAUAACAAACCAAGGUGAAGGUUACAACAUUUCUACCGGGAUAUUUACUUCACCGUACACUGGACUCUAUUUUUUCUCAGUUCAGCUUUGUAAAGAGAGAAAUAAUGUUACGUAUUACGACAUACGUCAAGAAGAUAUACUGUUAACAAAGAGUACAGAGUAUGAUGAUAACGGUGCUUAUAGUUGUAGUUCUGUGAGCACAAUCGCCAUGGUAAACAAAACGGAAAAAGUGUGGGUACACUCUUACUCAGAGUUUUAUAAUGAUUAUUACGGAUGGAAUACUUUUUCUGGAUCUCUCUUAAACAAAUAACUAUAUAAAAGCAAAACUAGGUAUAAAAUAUACCAAGGAAAGUUCUAGUAACCGGAUAUAAAUAUUGAUAAUGAGGAACAAAUGUGUUUACUUGCAAUCAAUCACUUAAUAUAAAGAUAAUUUAAAUACCCAAUAUGUUUUGCCUAGAAAAGGCUCAUCACUCUGUUUAUAGUAUAUGUAUAUAUUUUAGGCAAGUACGUAGACUUAAUGUGCUUUCUUCAGAAAUCCGUGGAUCUAAACUUGAAGUUCAUAAACAAUUUACCACAGAAUCUUGUGUCUAGGAAUCAUGCUAAGACGGUUCUGUGAUUUUGUAAGCAAUAAUUAUAGCUGCACAAAAAACGAUGGGAAACCAGCAUAAUGUUCGUGGAAUUGGAGAUCGUAUUUAUUUCGUUUGUUUGCUUUGUUUUGUUUUAGGCUAUGUAUGUGUGUGUCGUUGUGAAAAAUAACACACUGUUUUUCUUUGUACUUUUCAUUUUUCUUUGAAUUUUGUAUUAAUUUCUAAUGCAUAAUAGGACAUACGAGUAUAUCGAACACCAAAGGAUAAAUAAAGGAUAUUUGUUUACAUAAAACGUACUCAGAAGUGACAAUAUUGUGAUUAUUUAUUCAACAGAAGCACGGAAAGAAAAUAACGCCAAGAAUUCAACGGUUGAGCGUACGAAAAUAAUUUAAGUUUAAAGCUAUCAUUUUGGUGUAUAUGUUGAAAACCUCGGUGAGUCGGUAAAUA